UUCGUAGCAAUCCUAUGCUGUAAUGUGUAGGCUAAUGUCUAACGUUAUCUCGUCUGACUUGCAGUGGAACUGAACCUGGAUACAAGUCUGACAUAUGUGAACUUAUCAACCUUAUGUAUUAUCUUCAUACUAUUACACAAACAUAGUCAAGGAACGAAAGGAUUGACAGCUAUCAACAACUUCAGCUUUCAUUAUGCUAACUAUAACUACCCUUCCUGUGAUAUUUAUGCUGGUGUUGUGUUGUCACAUUGGUACUGUCGUCUGUGAACAGCCGUUGGAAGAAGACCUAAAACACUUUGACAUUCGAAUCCCUACGCUAGACGUACCGACGAAACGAACGCACUAUGUAUGUCAGAAGUUUAAGGUGCCUGACACGGACACGUUCCAUGCAGUAGCGUUCGAACCCCUCAUCUCUAACCAUCACGUGGUGCACCACAUGCUGUUGUUCGGAUGUGACUUUGAUGUCCAGGACACGGCACCCCAUGAUUGUUCCGCCGCCGAUGGUCAAUGUCGGUCAUGGCUGGCCCAAUGGACGAUAGGAGUAGACGGCAAGAUAUACACGCCCGACAAUGCAGGCGUACGGUUCGGUAAACACAGCUACAAGUACAUGUCCUUGCAGAUCCACUGGAACAACGAACAGUUUGCUGAGAAUCUCACAGAUAACAGUGGGAUGCGGAUCUACUACACGUCUAAAUUACGUCAUUAUGACGUAGGAAAUGUUCAAAUUGGACAACAAGAUCUUGACAUCCCACCGAACACAGUUCACAACGAGUCUGGAGGCUGUAGCGGUACCUGUACAGGGGCCAUGUUACCGUAUCCGGUGUACCUCACCAGGACCUAUAUCCACAUGCAUCACCUCGGUAUCAAGGGUCACUUGGAAGUGUAUCGGGAUGGCAGAUUCUCAAAGAAGGUGGCCUAUGACAUGGACUACGAUUAUAAACACUCACCAAUCCAUGAACACGACCCACCCAUUGAGAUAAGGCCAGGUGACGAGAUCCGCCUUACCUGCACAUUCGACUCGUUGACGGGAGACAGAAAGAGAAACCAUUCCCUAUACUUCGGGGAAGGGUCUGAUGCGGAGAUGUGUUACGCCUUCGUGACGUACUUUCCUAACGUUCCAUACUUUGACCAGUGUAUCCAGUUUGACGAAUACGACAUCAAUUGUGUUGAACCAGGAAAACCGUUCAUGGGAGGUUGUAACUUCGGAAAAUUCCAACAGGAUCUUCAAUCACACCUGUUGGAAGACAUCACAACGAAAUGUCAAAACAAACUGGCUUUAUGUAGUCAGGAAUGCAGGACAUCAGUGACCCACCUUCUUGAUCAUCCUUGCCUUCAGGGUCGUCUGGGCUCCUACAGCAAGAGAACGAUUCUGUCACAGAUGCCAGCAUGGACCGACACGUCACAGGUUGUGACCCGCUUCACCGAGGCAUGUAAUGUAACUCAAACCAACUAACGGAAGUGUCUUUUAUUUAUAUUUAUUUCCGACAGAACGGUCAGAUUUUCGGAUUAUUGUUCACAUUAAAAAAUAUUGAAUCAAGUUUUAAGUUAUAUUUUGUCCUUGACAUGGUUUUAAUUGAACAGACUGUAAAACAUUUCUUUGUGUAUUUGCGAGUUAUUUUGAGGUUAAAUAUGAUAAAGAAUAGGUUGAAAUCACAACAACAAAAUUGGCACUCAAAAAAAGAAAGAAAAUCCAAAGGAUCGGAGAAGACACGUGAUUCACUGUCGCUGUUCUAUGCAGACAAUACGUAAUUGUGGACAAUAUCA